AUGGGGAAAAGUGCCAAAGUUCACAAGCGAAUUCCGAAGAAGGCGAAAUCAAGUGCAACAACCGCAGUCACGUCAACGCCAUCUGCAUCCUCACGCACCCAAAUUCAGGCGUCCAAGAAGCACUCCGCUCUCAAAGAAAAGGCUGGAAAGGGGAAAGGGUCAUCAAGCUCAAAAGAAGGCGGUGUUCUUGGAGGAGCGGACUACCUGGCGCUAUUGACAGGGUCUCGCAAGAAGAUCGCAGAAGAAGCUAAAAAACUUCCCAAAGACGACGCCAAAAUGGCCAUCGAUUCAUGA